AGAGGAGGAGUGAAAAAGAAGAGGAGUGAGGGAGAGGUGGAGAGGAAAAAAAACACUAAGCGCUGUUCGCCAUGUUGUAUUCUGGACACAUACGGGAGUAUAUAUAAACACAUCCGAGGUUUAUAUCAGCGUGGAUGUGGAUACAGUACAUUUAAAUGUUAGGAAUGGAUUUGUGAUUAUCCGAACUGGGAUCCGCUGGUGGGCUUCAUUUGCUAUGCCUGAUCUGGGAUCGUUUGGAGAAACGGACGAACAAACAGCUUCAAAGGCUCAUUCGGGACGCUAUAGUAAAUAUUUGUAUUUGACAAUAUAAUAACACACUGUCUUUAUUCGUUUUAGGUGGUUGGUUUUCGAAUCUCUAUGCAUUUAAAACCCUGCGGUGGAUUUUGUAUUCUCGUGAUCCGUGAUUAUAUAAACCUCCAGAUUUAUUCAAACUCACGACUGACAUUUAAAAACCAGCCAGAAUCGACAUGAAUGUGGAUUUUCAACAUGCAUUUGAUCAAAGACUCUACCUGAGAGAUUUUUUUAUAUGCAGAAGAGAAAAGUGAUUGGAGUCACUUAUCAAUACCCAACAAUAUUGGUGCAAGUUGUUAUGGACAUGUUUGCAAUCUGUAGUGGGCAGACUGCUGUUUUAUUUAUAAUACAGUAUGACUGUAUUCAUGUUUGAUAUUUCACCUAUGCAAGCAGACACACACAGUUAUAGUUAUAUCUGUAAAACACUAAACCUUUCUCAUAGACUUACACAUUGAUCCGGACCUGUUUGCUCACAAAUAAAUGCUCUGGCGACAUUAAAGCACCAAUUCAGGAUUAUCAGCUUCGUGUUGGGGGGAUUCAGGCCUGAAAAUGAGGACAGACACCAAACUGGCUUUGGCUAUAUUCCUCGUAUCCUGCUCCUCAGGUGCGAUUCUCGGUCGUUCAGACAUGGAGGAGUGUGUGUUUUAUAACGCAAGCUGGGAAAAGGAUGGCACAAACCAGAGUGGAAUCGAGCAGUGUUAUGGAGAGAAAGACAAACGCAGACACUGCUUUUCCACUUGGAAAAACCACUCCGGAACCAUUGAGAUGGUCAAACAGGGUUGCUGGCUUGAUGAUGUCAACUGCUAUGACAGAAGUGAGUGUGUGGAGCAUAAGGAGAAUCCUGAUGUCUUCUUCUGCUGCUGUGAGGGCAACUUGUGCAACGAGAAGUUUCAUUACAGUCCAGAGACAGUACAGACCACACAGAACCCUGUCACACAGAAGCCUGAGAUGUUUCCCAUGUUGUUGUACUCUUUAAUUCCCAUCAUGGCGGUCGCUGUUGUCCUUUUCUUCUCCUUCUGGAUGUACCGCCAUCUCAAGCUGACGUACCCCCCUCUGCUGGUACCAUCACAGGAUCCAGGAUUGACGCCUCCAUCCCCAUUGCUGGGCCAGAAGCCCCUGCAGCUGCUGGAGGUGAAAGCUAGGGGGCGCUUUGGUUGCGUGUGGAAGGCACAACUCUUCAAUGAGCCCGUGGCCGUAAAAGUCUUCCCUGUUCAGAAUAAGCAGUCAUGGCAGAAUGAAUAUGAGAUUUAUACCCUGAGCGGAAUGAAACAUGAAAACAUUCUUCACUUCAUCGGAGCAGAAAAAAAAGGAAAUGGAGUCGACAUUGAGCUUUGGCUUAUCACAGCGUAUCAUGAGAAGGGCUCAUUGACAGAUUUUCUGAAGGCUAACGUUGUGUCCUGGAAUGAACUGUGUCUGAUAGCGCAAACGUUUGUGUGCGGAUUAGCGUAUUUACACGAGGACAUAUCCAACCUGAAGGACGGACACAAACCUGCCAUCGCACACAGGGAUAUCAAAAGCAAAAAUGUUCUGUUAAAGAGCGAUUUAACGGUCUGCAUUGCUGACUUUGGCCUGGCAUUAAAAUUUGAAGCAGGAAAGUCUACAGGAGACACACACGGACAGGUGGGGACCCGGCGCUACAUGGCUCCAGAGGUGUUAGAAGGGGCCAUUAGUUUCCAGCGGGAUGCAUUUCUAAGAAUCGAUAUGUAUGCAGUGGGUCUAGUGUUGUGGGAACUGAUCUCACGGUGCACAGCGGCGGACGGUCCGGUGGAUGAGUUCUCUCUGCCAUUUGAAGAAGAGGCUGGUCUUCAUCCAUCUCUGGAGGACAUGCAGGAUGUUGUUGUGCAUAAGAAACUACGACCGUUAUUCAGAGAACACUGGCUUAAACAUACGGGUCUGGCUUUGCUCUGCGAGACUAUAGAAGAGUGUUGGGAUCACGAGGCAGAAGCGCGUCUUUCUGCUGGCUGCGUGGAGGAACGCAUCAUCUCAAUGCAGCGGAACACCAGCCUCAUUGGCCCCAACGACAUCCUCUCUGUUGUCACCAUGGUUACCAACCUGGACUUCCCCCCAAAAGAGUCCAGCUUAUAACGCUGCACUUUCUCAGCCAAUCACAACGCAGCGCGUGAAUGACGUGUGUGAGAAAACUGUUCAAAUUACUCUUUCAGAACGAGUAGAAAUUCAACAUACAUGUACACGGAGGAACUCAAGAUCCCAGGAGACGCCCAAGGAGCACACUUGGACAUCUCUGUUUUCACCAAAACGUUUUUUAUGCAUCAAGACUUGGGUUUUAUACUAACAGCAACUAAUGUGAUUUUAGUAUAAAAAGGGCAAAACUCCUAUGGACUUCAUUCGCUGUUUGUUUCUGCAAAUCAUUACAGUCAUGCCAAUACAAGACGCCUCUGAAUGUUUACUGCUCAGCGGAGAAUCACACACGCAGAUUUUCGAGGAAUUAUGCUGAAAUAACCAUAAACCUCCUUAAACAGGUAUAUACCUCAUUGUGUUUUAUUAUGCUUUUCUACACAGCUUUUACUGAAUGCAAGAAAAGUAGCUAUUACAGUGCAACUGUAAUACACACGUCAGUGUUCAUGACACAUUUGUGUUCCGUCUCCCAUCACUUUCUUUCAGAAGGGGUCAUAUCGUGACAGACAAAAUAAUGAUGUUUAUGAACGCGUUAAACACUGCAAACAAACACGGUCACAUUUUGCAGGGCUAUGAAAACUGUACCAUCACAUUCUUCUGUCAUUAUAAAGCAGUAUCUCUCUUUCUGAAACACUACAGCAGUAUUCAGGGACGCAGAAUCCUGCUCAGCAAUUAUGCAACAAACAAUUGCGACUGUAGCAUUUGGAGUCUAAAGCUGUUUGUUUAUAUUUAUUUCAUUAAUAAUGUGACAAACUCAUUACUGUGAAAUCAAACGCCGGUUGUUUUGCCCUGAACAUGUUAACAGACAAAUGUUUCGAGUGGAAAAAUAGAUAGUUUGUAACGUUUCAAAUCAAUCCGUAAUUGCCCGGACCACACACACACACAAUAUGAAUAAUGUAAAUAUGACUGUUGGUUUUAAAUUAUUAGAUUAGCAUGAUGUUGCUCUGUACUUUUUGGUGUCACUAAUCAAAAACAGUCCUUUAUAAAGAAAUUAUUCCAGAAGAUUGUACUGUUGUGUAUUUUGUCAUUUUCAAUUGUAGGAUUGUGAGUACAGACCCAAAUUCUCUACAUGACAUUUAAUUCAGUUAA